UUGUGAACAAGUGUCUUCUUAUCUUCUUGACUGACAGUAUUUCAUCCUCUACUGUUGACAACAUGGAGGUCUAUGUGUUCAGCCUGGUUUUGCUGUUGGUGUUGAGCGCCACUCUGCCUGCUGAAGCCCAGAACUGGAAGGAAUUUAAAAAUAAGCAUAUUUACCUGAACAUGCCUGAGAAUAAAUGUACUAACACAAUCAAAGAGCGAAAAAUCAAUAACGGUGGUGCCUGCAAAACUAUGAACAGCUUCAUAGUGGCCACAGAUGAUCAGGUCAAAGCUGUGUGUGGGAGAGCUGGCCAUCGUGUGCGUGGGAAUCUUUAUGAAAGCAACCUGCGUUUCAAUGUGAUCACUUGCAUAAAAAAAGAACUUAACCCCUGUUCAUAUGAUGGUCGUCAGAACGCUUUAUACAUUCUAAUUAAAUGUGAGAGAGGUUUUCCUGUGCAUUAUGAGGGACAAAGAUCUAGUUCAUUUCCUUAAGGUUGCCAUUUAAAAGGCUAACCAUGUAGUGAAAUGCAAUCUCUCUCUCUCUCGCUCUCUUAAAAAACAGUAGAAAAACAACUAAAAAAAGGCAAUUCUUUUAUAUACAAUCUACUGAUUAAUGACUCUCUGGGGCAGUUAAGUAGAAAAACAAUUCAAAUGUGUUUAUAGACUUUUAUUUAUCUGAUGUUUAUUCACCAACUUCUUAUUGCGAUUUAUACUUUUUUAUUUCAAUAAGAUUUUAGUUCCUGAACUCAAAAGAGUUUCAUCUGUUUGACCGAGACUAGUAUU